AUGUAAGAUGAUGUAAAUAAAUUAGAUUUAGAUUGUUAUAAUUCUCUUGAUUUAGAGUAUUUAAGGUUUUUAAAACAUGAAGAAAAAAAAGAUAAAAUACCUUAAAUUUCGUUAGAUUCCUUUAAUUUAUUAACAAUUAUUGGAUAAGGAAACUAUGCAAAAGUAUCACUUGUUUGUAAAAAAGAUGAUGGCUAAGUUUAUGCAUUAAAAGCUUUAAAAAAGAAAUAUUUAUAAGUAAAUAAUUAAAUAAAUUAAGUAUUAACAGAAAGAAACAUUUUGCAAACUGUCAACAAUAAAUAUAUCGUAAAAAUGAAAUACGCAUUUUAAGAUAAAAAAAAGCUAUUUUUUGUUUUAGAAUUUUGCCCAGGAGGCGAUUUAUUUACAUUAUUAUAAACAAAAGAAUAUUUAAACGAAAAGCAAACUAAAUUUUAUGCCGCAUAAAUAAUAAAAGCGUUUGAAUAUUUACAUUCAUAUAAUAUAAUAUACAGAGAUUUAAAACCCGAAAACGUAUUAAUAGAUUCAGAAGGGUAUAUUAAAUUAACAGACUUCGGCUUAUCAAAGAUGGAUAUAACGCAUGAAAAGGCUGCAAUAUCAUUUUGCGGUACUCCUGAGUAUUUAUCUCCUGAAAUAAUACUUUAGUAAGGCCAUGGGAAGGCUUCAGAUUGGUGGACAUUAGGAAACAUAAUAUACGAGAUGAUAAUAGGAACUUUACCUUUUUAUGAUAUAAAUAGAUAUGUAUUAUUUGAAAAUAUAAAAACAAAGCCAUUUAAAGAACAUGAGAAGAUUUAAGGAAAUUUAAAAAAUUUAAUAGAAGGACUUUUGCAAAAAAAUCCGGAAAAACGUUUAGGAUCUAUAAAUGGGGCUUAAGAUAUAAUAAAUCAUCCAUGGUUUUCAGAUUUAAACUGGGACCAUUUAAGAGAGAGAAUUAUUUAGCCACCUUUUAAACCUAAGUUGGAAAAUUCUGUGGACGUGAGUUAUAUUGCUUAGGAAUUUUUAGAAUUACCUAUUUUUUCACCCGAGGAAUCUUUAUAAUCUGGAUAAUCAUUAGGAAUUUAAAGUUUUUUUUUAUAUAUAUAGAUUUUUUUUUUUUAUAUUUUUUUGUUUAAGAUUUUACACUUGAUUCAUAAAAAGAAUAGUAUCUUUAGAGUAAUAAUUAUAUAAAUUCAGUUCCUAAUAAUUAAGAAAAAAUGA